UAUAUAAAAUGUACUUUAAAUAAUAAAUAAAUAAAUAAAUAAAUGUAACUUACGUAAGUAAAGUUAAAGAACCCAGGGCGGCCCAUACUGCCCAAUCACAAACAGACACAGGUGAGUCCGCUGUUGCUAGGUAAACUAGGAAGUAGACCCGUUAAACAUGGCGGUGUUUUUGCGUCUCAGGGGGAUGUCUUUUCUUGAUCUGCUGUCCGUUUUUUGUUUAUUAACAUCAUUUAUCAGCGCCGGAGGUAAUAUACAAAUAAACAAUAUGCAUAAGACUGAACACUCAGGAGCAAAGGUUUUACUUAGUGUGGGAGACGUGACUGCCGACGAAGAAAAACCCUCGAAAGCUGAUGCACAGGGCCGGCUACACCCGGGACUCAUUGUUGCUGUGGUGAUCGUUGCCUUCAUUGCAGUCUUAGCUGCUUCUCUUAUUAUUAGAAAAUAUUGCUUUCCUCAGAGCAAUGUAACAUACAGGUACUCAGUCCUCAGGGAAAAUGAGGAGCAGAGUAUUGCAGAUGAAUUAGACAACAACGCUGCAAGCAGGAGGCUUUAUAAUGAUGACUCUGAUGAGGGUAUGUUGGAAUGAAAUGUCUCGUUCUGUAAACACCACAGCAACACCAAAGAGAAACUCUCUGUUUCUUGUACAAUUCUAUUGUCAGUGAGCAAGGCUGUUAUUUAUUAUUCUCUCCUCUUAACUGCUCUUUAUAAACUUGCUUUCCAAUUAUAUUUGUUUAUGUACAAAAGGGAUUAUGAUGGAUAAAUCUGCAAGUGCACGUACAGCACAAGGAUGAAGGUUAGCUACUGCAAAAGCUGAUGCCCUGAUAACUGCUGUUCUGAUAUGAAAACAUUUGUCUUGAGUAAAAAAAAAAAUGUAUUUGAUUAUUAUUGUAAAUAUAUAUUUGAUUAUCUUAUACAUAAACAAAUUAGGUCUACAAUGUGUAGUACUAUACUAAAUGUCCUUGUACAUGCACUUAUCCACACUUAAGUCGUGUGUGUGUGUGUAUCUAUGUGUGUAUAUAUAUAUAUAUAUAUAUAUAUAUAUA